GGUUGUGGAGUUGGGAGUGGUGGUGGUUGUGGUGGUGUAACUAGGCGGACUUUGAUGAUGGGUUCAACAAUGGUGGCAAGUUCAGGUCAGAUCGAUCCAAGUCUCAUAAUGUGUAUAUGGUGGAUUGGUUCAAUAAUGGGAUUAAUUGGAAGUCUUUUUUCCUUGGUUCAGUUUUUUUCUUUAUUUUUGCAAAUAUGGAAAAUAGGGGGAGAAUGGGACAAAUGGGUAAUUUAUUAAAGGAUUUUUAAAUUAAUUAAAUUGAUUUAAUAAUAGAGGAUAUUUUAGUCAUUUAAUAUUGCCGGAGACUUUUGUGAAGGAGGUCAGCGUAAUAUUUAAAAUAUUAGGAGUACUAAUUAGGCCUAAGUUAGAAAGACGAGUGAUAUUUUCCCAAACAUCUUUAAGCAUUAGUGAUUUUUUGCACCCACUUUCCUUACAUGGUCUUGUUGACAAUCAAAUUACUCAAAUUCUCAAGACUACACAAGUUUGUGAUUUUUUGCAACAUAACUUUCUUUUCUUCCUCCAAAGCAAAAGGAUUGCCCUAUGAACUCAGCCAAUUUUUUAAUGUAAAAUUCGGUGUCUCAUUAUUUCUUCAUAUUUCAUAAGUACUCUCUCAGCCACUCCAAGCUUGUUUUCUAGUAUCCCAUUAACAUGAUCCCAAUAACAUGAUCCCAAUAAGGUCCAUACCAAGAGAGAUAUAUAUAUAUUCCUUUACAGAACAACUUAAACGCCUCCUUUAAUGGUAUAGCGCUCCCCUGUUCUUAAUUUGAAGGAACUCUUUGACACAUGCUGCUUAUAAAGUAGGAUUUGGAGUUCUUUCACACUACAUAAAGAGGGAGCGGGAAAAUUUAAGUCACACAGAUUAGAAAUGGGAGUGAGAGCCGAGCCUGAGAACGGUACCCAUUAAGAAGGAUUGUGUGACUUUGCAGUUCCACAAGCCAAUUGAAGAUGUGUAAUGCUUCUUCAAUCAUCCAACAUGAACUGUAACUUCUUAGUAGAGGAUUUCACAGUUCCGGCCUGCCAAUUUUAAGACAUUGUUUGAGAAAGUUUCAAAUAAAGAAGUAAUAAUCUAAAUUAAGCGUGAUUAACAAUUAUAAAACAGUUAAGACACAGUAAAUUUGAGCCUCAUUGAAAAGGAAGGGGGGUUUAGCUACUUUUGUUCUUAUCCAUCUGAAUGAAGAGAAAGACAAAGGGCUGAGCUGGGCAUUGCAAAAGGGCCACCUUUUGAGCAUUGUAAUCCUGACUUUUGAUAAAAGCUCUUUAGCUUGUAAUAUGUAUGGUAAUCUCCAAUAAUACUAUUUUUUGAUGGGAUGGGACCAUCAUAUGUGCUUUAUGAAACCCGCCAGCAGCUCCUAAUGUCCUAAUCGCCUAGCGUCCUUAAUUGACUUCCCAGUGAGUCAACCUUACUCAUCAUCAAGUUUCCACACAAAAAAUAAUUAACUUCUCUCUCUGGCUUAUUUUUUGGUUUGCUUGCUAUUGUUUUCUCUCGAUCUUCACGUUGUUCAUUGCUGAUAAUUGAUUCCAAAGGUUGAAAGAUGGCUAUCGGAGAGAUCUUUCUGUCUGCAUUCAUUCAGGUGCUGUUUCACAAGUUGGCCUCCCCAAAGUUGCUCAAAUUUGCACGUCGAGAAGGAAUUCACACUAAGUUGACCAAAUUGAGCGAUACAUUGAUGAUAAUUCAAGCCGUGAUUGGUGAUGCAGAGGAGAAGCAGAUAACAGACAAAGCUGUGAAGAUAUGGUUGGAGCGUCUCAACGAACUGGCUUACGAUUUGGAUGAUUUGCUGGACCAGUUUGCCACCGAAGCUUUGCGACGGGAGUUGAUGGAUCAGAAACCUCACGCCAGCACCAGCAGCAAGGUACAAAAAUUCAUCCCUAUUUGCUUCACUGGCUUCCCUACUCCUGGUGCUUUUAUGUUUGAUUACAACAUGAGAUCCAAGAUAGAGGACAUCAAUGCUAGAUUACAAGCUAUUGUAGCACUAAAAAAUGACCUGGGUUUGGAAAAAAGUGCUGGAGGGGUGAGAGAAAGAUUGCCCCCACCUGCUUGGGCAAACAAGUCUGAUGUUUAUGGCAGAGAAAAAGAUAAAGAGGCAAUACUUGAGUUGUUAUUGAGAGAUGAAACUAGUCAUAAAGAGAUCUCUGUCAUUCCAAUUGUGGGUAUGGGAGGCGUCGGUAAAACAACUCUCGCUCAGCUUCUGUAUGACGAUGACAGUUUGAAGGGUCAUUUUGAUUUGAAGCCAUGGGCUUAUGUUUCUGAUGAUUUUGAUUUUUUUAAGGUGACAAAGACGGUUCUUGAAUCAGCCACUUCAAUUGUUUGGAACUUCGAGGAUCAAAAUAAGCUUACCACUGAACUAAAGGAGUUCUUGUCUGGGAAAAAGUUUCUUCUUAUUUUGGAUGAUAUUUGGAAUGAGAAUCCCGAAGAGUGUGACAAGUUACUUAGUCCUUUUUCUGUUGGGGCACCAGGAAGCAAAAUUAUUAUCACAACUCGUAGUGACAAUGUUGCAUCAAUCAUGGGAACUGUUCCUGCUGUCUACCUGAAGGGGUUAAAUGAUGAUGAUUGUCUAUCUUUAUUUGCUCAAAAUGCACUCAGAAGAAGAAAUUUUGAUGCACAUCCGGAACUCGAAGAAGUUGCCAAGAGAAUAGUGAAAAAAUGUAACGGCUUACCUUUGGCAGCAAAGACGCUUGGAGGCCUGUUACGGAAUAAGUUUCGCCAAGAUGAAUGGGAAGAUAUAUUAAACAGCAACAUAUGGGAGCUACCACAAGGGAGAAGUAAUAUCCUUCCGGCUCUGAGAGUAAGCUACCAUCACCUUCCUUCCCAUUUGAAGCGCUGCUUUGCUUACUGUUCAAUAUUUCCAAAGGGCUAUGAAUUUGACAAAGAUGAAGUAAUUUUGUUAUGGAUGGCAGAAGGUCUCUUACAACUAUCUGAAAGGAAAAAACGCAAGGAAGAUUUCGGCAGAGAAUGUUUUGAUGGUUUAUUAUCAAUGUCAUUUUUCCAGCAAUCAAGUGGCAAUAAGACUGGAUUUGUGAUGCAUGACAUUUUAAAUGAACUAGCUCAAUUUUUUGCUGGAGAAAUAUGUUUUAGGCUGCUGGACAAGUUUGAGGGCAAUGAGCAAUAUACAAUUCCUACAUGUGCUCGCCAUUUGUCAUACACUCAUCGAACUUAUCAAGUCUUCCAAAAGUUUAGGGCUCUUUAUCAAGUUAACCAUUUGCGAACUUUCUUACCGUUAUCUGAAAAUGGUUCACAUGGACAGCCUAUCUCCUACUUAAGUCACAAGGUUUUAUUCGAUCUAUUGCCUAAAUUGCAAUGCUUAAGGGUGCUGUCUUUGUCUGGUUAUCACAUAAGCAAGCUACCAGAUUCAAUUGACAAUUUAAAGCAGCUGCGGUACCUUAAUUUGUCUUAUACUUCAAUCAAAUGGUUACCUCAAUCAUUGGGUACUCUUUGCAAUCUGGAAACACUAUUGUUACGCAACUGUGGCCGUCUGUGUAUGUUGCCCCCGAGCAUUGUAAAUUUAAUUAGCAUGCGCCAUCUUGACAAUGCUGGCACCAAACUGUUGCAGGAGAUGCCCUUGGGGAUUGGUAAAUUAACAAAUUUGCAGACAUUGUCAAAGAUUAUUGUGGGAAAAGGCAAUGGGUUAAGACUAACGGAGUUGAAGGACCUAUUGUAUCUUCGAGGAAUGCUUUCUAUUGUAAAGUUAGAAAAUGUAAUGGGUGUGCAAGAAGCAAUGGAUGCCAAUUUAGUGGGUAGGCAGCACCUUGAUGAAUUAGUGUUGGCAUGGAGUCAAGAGUUGGAUGAUUCUAGAAAUGAAAAUUUUGAAAUGGAUGUACUUUGCAAGCUACAACCACAUAGAAACCUAAAAAAGCUCAAAGUUGAGUUCUACGGUGGCAUGAGUUUUCCAAGGUGGAUAGGAGAUCCAACGUUCUCUAAAAUGGUGAAUCUAAGUCUCAGUUGUUGUUCAAGAUGCAAAUCUUUACCACCAGUCGGACAACUACCCUUGCUCAAAGACUUAUUUGUUGGAGGCAUGCACGGAGUUAAAAGUAUCGGGGCAGAGUUCUGCAAAUACGAUUGUCCAUCAGAAUUUCCAGCUUUUCAAUCACUGGAGAGGCUAACGUUUGAAGAUAUGCCGGAAUGGGAAGAAUGGUGUUUCUUUAAUAAUGGGCCGGAAGAAGAAGCUACAGGAGAAUUCCCUCAUCUCCGAGUGCUUACUAUACGGAAAUGUCCCAAGUUGAGGAGGGUUUCAAUUUUAAAGCUUCCCUCUCUUUGCAAAUUACACCUGCAAGAAUGUGAUGAGGUGGUGUUAAAAAGUUUUACUGAUUUGAACUCACUUAUUACUUUUAAAGUCACGAGUGUUGCAGGGCUAUCUAAACUCCCGGAAGAACUGAUGCAAUUUUUGGCGGCACUUGAUUUUCUUGAAUUUAAUAAAUGUGAGCAACUGGUUACUUUGUGGGAGAACGGUUUUACAUUGGAUGACGAAGAUAUAUCCCCAGUGCCCUUUUGUAAACUUCGGACAUUGAAAAUACUUCACUGUGCCAAUCUGGAGAAGCUACCAAGUGGGUUGAACAACCUGACGUCUCUUGAGUGGUUGACUGUGAUUGGGUGUCCAAAACUUGUGUGCUUUCCAGAAAAUGGUGUUCCAUCCAAGCUUUCGGGCCUUUGGCUGGAAGUGUGCGAGGGUUUGAAGUCCAUCCCUGAUGGCAUCUCUCAUCUUGAAUUUUUGUUUGUCCUAAAUUGUUCGUCUUUGAGUUCAUGGCCGACAAACAUGUUUCCCACCAUACUCAAGCAUAUUAUUAUUGAUAAUUGCAUGCAAUUGGGGUGGGUUUCAGAAACAAUGGUAUGCGAGAGCAGCAGCAGCAGCAGCAUGUCAGCACUUGAAACUAUAAUCAUAAAGAAUUGGACAAAUAUGGGAAGGUUAGUUGGGUACCUGAACCAUUUCGCAAAUCUCAAACUUCUGUCCAUACACAAUUGCGAUAGUUUAGAGUGUUUCCCAGAAAGAGGUUUAUCCAUUCCCAACCUCAGAAAACUAAUAAUCCACAACUGUGUGAAUCUGAGGUCCUUGCCACCAUUCGACCAGAUUCAAAACCUCUCAAUCCUCCUAUUACGUCAUUGUCCAAAUGUUGAGUUGUUUGGAAAUGGGAAUUUGCCCCCAAAACUUGUUGAAAUUUUAGUUGAUGGUGAUUAUGGAAAGCCAUCCCUGUCAGAGUGGGGCCUGCACAGACUCACCUCUCUGGAAAAAUUCUGCAUCUUUGGUGGGCUUUCAGAGAUGGUUCGCUUUCCUGAUAAUGAUGAAGAAGAGUACUUGUGUGUGUUUCCUCCAAGUCUAACCCAGUUAUUUAUUGGCAAUCUCCCAAAUGUGGAAUCCAUAUCGUCAAAGGGGCUCCGGAACCUCACCUCUCUUCAACAUCUAAUAUUGCUCAACUGCCCUAAGCUCGAGUCCUUGUCUAAGGAGGGGCUGCCUUCCACGCUUCAAAGGCUGGAAAUAGUUUUAUGUCCAAAACUAAAAGACAGGUGUAAGAAGGGCAGAGGGGAUUAUGAGCACAUCAUCGCCGACAUCCCCUGCGUGGAGAUAGACAAUCGUUACAUUUAUGAAGAAGAAUAAGAGAUCCCCUGAUCGAACAGAGUUCGUUCUUUCUAUCAGCUAAGGUAAGCUCUCUGUCAGAAGACCAAGUUCCACGAAGAUCUGUGUGCGUUUUCGGAUUAGAGUCUUCUCAGGUCAACCUGAAUUUAUCACACGAAAUAUAGGUUACAGAUUAUCAAGCCGUAUCGGUCGAUACGCGACGUAUUAGCCGGUUCAUAACAUCUUUUCAGUAGUUCGUUACCAUUACACACUUCUAUGAACUGGUUGGUUUGGCCGGUUUAUAUCGAUAUUCGUCUGAGUUCGUUACAUUGCGGCCGCGACUACGAACCAUGGUUACGAGUGAGAGGUUUUUUUUUUUUUGAAUGAAUUGUACUGCAAAACAGUUAAGGUUGAUGGUAUUAUUAUUUGAUGCUAUGGAAUGAACCAAAUACAACCACAAAUCACCCACAUAAAUUCAAAUUGAUGUAAAUUUUAUGAGAUCAAUAUGGAAUGUUUUGUUUAACUCAGAGGAGUCAAAGAAAUGUCUCUUCUCCACAGCAAUUAACACUUGACUCUUCUGAUCCUGUUGUUUUGCAAAAUUUCAAGACAUAGAAAGUUUUCUUUCGCAAUAUCUAAAUUUGUCUGUCAAAUUGUAAGGAUUUGGUGGCUGUUGCCUAUGAUUUUCUUCCAAAAAAAAUAAUCCAUUGAAACUGUUCUGUGUAGUUUCUGUAAUAUUAAAUGUUUUGCAUAUAUGGCAGUGUGUCUUGAUGUAAUUCGAUGCUGUACAAUGAUUCACAUCGCUAUACAUAACUUCUUUUCUUUUUUCUCCGGAUUUCUUUCUUCUUCUUUUAUUAUUAUUAUUAUUCAAAGCCACGCUCUCUCUAUCCAUCCUUCACGCCUCUUUACAUUUUGAAUUAAUAAAUUUGACGAGGCUUAAUGAUCUAGUAAUCAAACUUUG